AUGGCAUCAACUUCAAGAGAUUCCCAAGAAAUGAUUGCUAUGAAGACAUGGGAAUUGGAAAACAAUGUGCAAUUUGUUAACAUAAUUGAUGAUAUAUUUAAAUAUGACAAACAACAACAGCAAGAUAUUUUGACUGCUAAACCUUGGGAAAAAGAGUAUGUUUCCAUAGAUUCUAUCAAUUAUGUCUAGUUUUAAAUCCUCUAAUUAUCAUUUUUGUGAGUUUAUGAUAAUUUUGAAUGAUAGGUAUUUUUUUUCCAAGCAGAGCAAGAAAUGUAUUGGUUUUAUUUUUUUUUAUCUGUGAGCAACUUUUUUACUAGAAAUUUUGCUCCAAUUUUUGAGUGGAACACUUUUUCUGAAAAGAAAUUGAACUGGAGUGAUACUUUAGAACAGCGUUUUCCAAGCUUUUUCCCUCACAGCACACCAAUUCUAACCUAUAUUUAACUAGCACACUUGAUACUGACUUUUAUAUGUAUAUAUUUUUGUAUUUUUUAUAUUAGGAUUUUACCAUAUUUAUACCAAAAUAGUUGUAAAUCAGUGAAUUACUACUAAAUAAUUUAAAAUGUGUUUAUUUAGGUUAUGAAAAUGCAUGUAAAAUCAUAUUUCAAUUUAUUUAAAAUGUUAAAUUUAAUGAUUUGGAAAAACAUAUAUGUUAAGAUUAGUUUAUUUAAAUUUAAUCCUAAUGAGAAAUUUGUGCCUGGUUUCCCUUCAUUAUAAGUUUUAUUCGUGGUCAAAUGGUUGACAAGCAUACCCUCAUAUCAUCCUCUUAAAUUCUUCAAUUGUGAUCGAUUUUUGGUUUUAAUGGCAUUCAUUGAAGAGAAUGCUGCUUUACAAAUAUAGUAUGUAGAAAAUGACAGGAUAGCAUUCAAAGCUUUCCUUGAAAUCUUGGGAUACUCAUUUAACAGAUGUAUCCAAAAAGAUGAGAUAUCUACAUUUAUUUUGAUUUUUUUCAACUUUGACUCUGUCUCAGUGUCUUCAACUAAUUUAGAGUACUGUAGCUUAAGACUAUGGUGAUUUUUAAUAUCGAUUAUAACAAUCGCCUUUAAGAGAAUCGUUAAACAUAUUUUAAGCUAUUAUCGGAAUUUUACGUAAACGUUUUAUUAAUAAUCAUGAUAUUUCGGGGCACACCAUUUGGGAAACGCUGCUUUAGGAGGUCAUUUUUUAAUUUUUUUAGGAGUUCAUAAUAAAUGAUAAAAACCAGUAAUAAACAGAAAAAUGUAUGUAAUGUAUUAUUUUCCAAUCAUAAAUAUUACAGCCUUUCAAAACAUGUAGGUAUAACUGAACUCUGUUCAGUAUUGUUUUUCAUUAGUAAUGGUUAAUAGUUGUGUACAGAUAUACAUUAAAUUUCUUCUCUACCAUUUCAAAUUUUUAAUUACAACAGAGCCUACCCAUUAUGUGAAGUAUGUCCUUUUGUUUUUAGUAAUAUAUAUAUUGAUUGUCAAUUAUAAUAUAUUUGAAAUAAAAACAAAACAAGUUCUUAAAUUGCCUAUACUAUUAGAAACAGUUAUCUAUUAUAAUAUUUUAUUACAAUAAAUAAUGAAUUUAAUAUUAAUUUUUACAGUCCACACUAUUUUAAAGAUAUAAAAAUAUCAGCAUUAGCUCUAUUGAAAAUGGUAAUGCAUGCUCGAUCUGGUGGUGUUUUGGAAAUAAUGGGCUUGUUACUUGGAAAAGUAGAAAACAAUACCAUGAUUGUUAUGGAUUCUUUUGCUUUACCUGUCGAAGGAACAGAAACCAGAGUCAAUGCUCAGGCGCAAGCAUAUGAAUAUAUGGCUUCAUACAUUGAUGCUGCUAAAGUAGUAAGUUUAUACUUUAUGUAUAUUAUUGAUUUAAUUAUUAAAUUCACACAAAAACCUUAGUUCAACUUACUUUUUCAAAUUUUGGAAUAUAAUAAAAUUCAAAAUACCUUACAGGAAUUUAGUGUGGUUUUUAAAUGUUUAUAUUUGUUUUAAAUAUAUAAAACAUGUCCAGGCUUAAAUUCACUCUAUUACUACCACUCUCCAGGUUCAAAAAUACCAUAAUUUAAAUGUUUAUCGAAAUUAUAUAUUUUUCAUUCAUUAUCAUAAUUAUAUAUCAUACCAAGUUUCAUAAAAAAAAAAAUCAUUUUUCACAAUGUAUUAAGCAAAUUAAAAUAAAGAAAUAUAUGGGCUGAUCAUUGUAUUUUUAAACCGAACAUAUUUCUCAUAUUUGAAUAAUGUUUAAGUUGUACUUCAUUAUCUCCAUUCAAAACUUUUGCUUCUUUUUUCAAAAUUAUAAGCUGUUGAUUUUAUUUUUAUUAUAUCUCCAUUUUCAAAAUAUCAAAAUCCAUAAAAUGAAUCGAUAUAAUAUUCUCUAAUAUUCUAUUUCACUUACACAAACAAUUUUGAAAUAUGCAAAAAAAGUAAGUUGCCAUUGGUUUUUAAGAUUUCAAUCUCCUGUCUAGUUGCAUAUACUCAAAAAAAAUAUGUAAAAAAAUAUUAUUCCGGCCUCUAUUUAUGAGUUAUGAAUUAAUUACAACGGUAAUUUUCUAUUUUUUUGGUUGUUGAAAUCCAUUAACAUUUAUUCUAUGUUUAAGUUUUCAGUUUGUUUGGACUCAAACAUCAUUUAAGCCAAGUUUGAAAGUUUUUUUAUGUUUCUUUGAUUGCCUUUGUGGAUUUUAAAUUUAAGUUAAACAAGAAAAUGUUGAUUCAUAAGCUGCUGAGCUUCAUUCAUUGAAAUACAUUAACUGCUGCUAUUAUUUUAAAUGUAGUUUUAAAUGCUUUAUGUUGUUUAUACAACUAUUAAUAUGUCCUUUUUAGAAAUAUUAUUUUCUUUUAAAUACUUUUUUAUACAGAUUGUUUCUUCUUUUGAAGGGAUAUUAAUAGAUCCUUGAAUAAUUUAAAAUUAUCAUAUAUUAGAAUAUGUUAGAAACAGCUUCUAUUAUCACUUUAUUAAUGUACUCUUUUUUCCCAAUAUAAUGAUUUGUUCGAAAAUUGUUGUCUUAGAAAAAUGCUAAAGGUGGCAACAAACUGAUCUGGAGAGGAAAUGCUCCCUUCUCCCCUGAUUAGGGGUCUGGGAAAUUGUAAUUAUUAGUUUUAGUAAAUAUAGUUUCACUCAAUUAUAAAAUAAUUACAUUAAAAAAAUACUAUAUUCGGUAUACAUACAGUAGUAUUUGAACAGAGUAGAACAAAAUAUUUUUAAACAUACUAAAUAGGUUUUUCUAUUAUUAUUAUGAGUAUAAAAUAUUUAAUAAAUUAUGAGAGUUAACAAUUGUAUAAGCAUUGUAUGGAGUGAUGUCAAAACCAUGACCAUGCCCACUUAUUUAUUUUAUUUCUCAUCGUUUAGACUUCUACUUAGACUAGCAAUAUUUAUAGUAAUUGUUCGCAUAAUAAUAAAAGAAAAUGUUAAAAUUCUAAUUAUUUUGUUUUUCAACAUUAGCUUUAUGAAGAUAAAUUAUUAUUAUAUUAUUUUUUCAAUUAAUUGAACAUUGAUUUAUUUUUUAGGUUGGGCGUCUAGAAAAUGCAAUUGGUUGGUAUCAUAGUCACCCUGGUUAUGGAUGCUGGUUAUCAGGUAUUGAUGUUUCAACACAAAUGUUGAAUCAAAAUUUUCAAGAACCAUUUGUAGCGAUUGUAAUUGAUCCAGUUAGAACAAUUUCUGCUGGUAAAGUUUGUUUGGGAGCUUUUCGAACUUAUCCUAAGGUAAUUUUUUUAUUAUAUCUAUUGUAAUAUUAUUUAAUUAAUAUAACAUUAUAACAUAUAGGGUUAUAAGCCUGCAUAUAAAGAACCGGCUGAGUAUCAAACUAUUCCCUUAAAUAAAACUGAUGACUUUGGAGUGCAUUGUAAACAAUACUACUCAUUGGAAGUAAACUAUUUUAAAUCUUCAUUAGAUCGGCGUUUGUUGGAUUCCUUGUGGAAUAAAUAUUGGGUCAAAACAUUAAGUUCAUCUAGUUUAAUUACCAAUGCGGAUUACUUAACUGGUCAGAUUAAUGAUCUUUCUGAUAAACUGGAGCAAGCUGAAACUUCUUUGAUUCGUGCACCUGUUGAUCCUGUGGAUCGAUCAAAAGAAAACAAAUUGGAAAAAGCUACCAAAGAUAGCAAUAAAGCUACAACUGAAAUAUUAUGUGGAUUAAUGUCUCAAACAAUUAAAGAAGCUUUGUUUAACAGUUGUAUACUUAAGAAUAAUCUACAAUAA